AAACACACCCAUGCAUAAAAUAAAUUUUAUAAAAAUAUAACCGUAAUAUAAUGUCAUUUCGUAGUUCAUUUGAAAUGUUGGAUUGAAAAGAAGGCAGCGGCAAUUCAGAGAACAAAGGGGGCAUCCACCCGCCGAGACAAGCGCGGCUCAAUAGUCUCUCAGCCGCUUAAACUCGCAUUGCAAAGGCUGCUAGGAGACUAUGCAUUGAAAGGAUAAACGAGAGGCUUCUGAUUGGGAAAUUUCGCUUUCUGGAAAGCUCCCAUUCGAUGAUGUUGUCAAAAGUUGAAACUAGGAAGAAUGGUGGAAAACCGGGUAAGUUGUUGAAUGAAAUUGAAGUUAUUAGCAAAGCGUUGUAUUUGGACAAGAACCCUCCAAUGACUUCAUUUUAUGCUUCUAAUCCUCGUUUCAAAUCAGUCAUGAAAACCCACUCUUUGGAACCAAAACGAAACCUUAAGAAUAGUAAUGAGGACCCAUCACGUAAAGACAAGAAAUCCAUUUGGAAUUGGAAGCCGUUGAAAGCAUUUUCGAAUGAUAAAGGCCGUAGGUUUACUUGUUGUUUCUUGCUUCAAGUACACUCCAUUGAUGGUUUGCCGGUCAGUUUUAAAGAACUUAGUCUAUGUGUGCAUUGGAAGAGGCGGGAUGAGGAUCUAGUGACUGAACCCGUUAAAGUUUUUGAUGGAACUGCUAAAUUUGAAGAGAAGUUGACACACACUUGCUCGGUGUAUGGUACUAAAAGCGGAUCUCACAAUUCAGCCAAGUAUGACGCAAAGCAUUUCCUGCUUUAUGCUUCUGUGUUUGGGGCACCAGACCUUGAUUUGGGGAAGCAUCGAGUUGACCUUACACGGUUGCUUCCACUCACAUUGGAGGAAUUGGAGGAAGAGAAGAGCUCGGGGAAAUGGACAACAAGUUUUAAGUUAUCAGGGAAGGCCAGGGGUGCUAUAAUGAAUGUUAGUUUCGAUUAUUUGGUUUUAUCAGAUAUGAAGCAGAAUAGAAAAGCAGGUACUGAAUUUGGUCACGAUGAUCAGCAGGCCACAAUGAAGCAUGUUGAGAGUCUUCCCUGUUUGGUUAACACCACAUCCUUAUCUCGCUUUCUGGAGGAGAUAAAAGAUCUUCAUGAAAUUUUGCCCAUUUCAAAGUCAGACACCGAUGUGGUAGAUCAGAAAUUUGAUGAAUACAAGUCAGAUGAUGCUUCAAUUGCUUCUAAGCCUGAUCCUAACACGUUGAUUGAACAUUUUGAGCCCACUAGACCUCCAUCUUCUGUUGCGUCUAAAUUAAAUGAAUAUAUUGAGAAAGAAACUGAAGAUAAUGAUUUUUCUUUUGUGGAAAAAGGGAAAGAGUUAUCUUCACAGGGACAGAUUAGGUUGGAGGAAGUUUCCAUGGCGGAUGCCAACUCCAAAGUAGAAAGUUAUCAAGUUAUUGAAAUUAAUCCUGGCAAGGGUGUAAAUUCUGAAGAGUCCUAUGAGCUUCAUCCCUUAAAUGAGGUGACUUGUGUUAAUCAAGAAGACGCGCUUUUGUUGCAAGAUAGCGAUUCCAAAGAGGAUGACCAGUUCUCAAAAGAAUCACUGAUGAGAGAGUUGGAGUUAGCUUUAGAUGGAAUUACAAAUUUGGAGGCAGCCUUAGAUUCUCCUGAUACUGAAGACUUGGAAGACUACACGGAGCAUAUAGCUAAUUAUGAAACAAAUAGGAAGUCGGAGUCACUUAGCUUGGAUGGAGUUACUGAAUCUGUGGCAAGUGAGUUCUUGAGUAUGCUUGGAAUUGAUCACAGUCCAUUCAGCUUGACUUCUGAGAGUGAGCCUGAAUCACCAAGGGAGCGUUUACUAAGGCAAUUUGAGAAAGAGACCCUAGCCAGUGGUUGUUCUUUAUUUGAUUUUGAAAUGGCUGAUGGGGAGGAACUAGAAUGUGGCUUUGACAUCUCAACUUCGGGGAGCUUGACUCAGGGUUUGGAUAUGUCAUCUGUUGUUCUAGAUGCUGUGCAAGACUAUCAGAUAGAAACUAAUGGGAAGAUCAAAGUGAGGGCUAAAGUUUUGGAAGACUUGGAGACAGAGGCUUUAAUGCAUGAAUGGGGAUUGAAUGAGAGGGUUUUUCAGCAUUUUCCACCUGCCUCUUCUUUUGGGCUUGGAAGUCCAGUUAAAUUGCCUCCUGGAGAGCCACUUGCAUUGCCCCCUCUUGGAGAUGAUUUAGGUCCAUUACUUCGGACAAAGAAUGGAGGGUUUUUACGAUCUAUGAAUCCCUCACUUUUCAGAAAUUCUAAAAGUGGUGGGAACCUGAUCAUGCAAGUGUCUAGUCCAGUUGUGGUACCUGCAGAAAUGGGUUCUGAUAUAAUGGACAUACUUAAGCAACUGGCCUCAAUUGGGAUCGAAAAGCUCUCUAUGCAGGCAAAUAAGUUGAUGCCUUUGGAGGAUAUAACUGGUAAGACAAUGCAGCAAGUUGCAUGGGAAGCUGCCUCCACUCUCGAGGUAUCAGAGAGGCAAUAUCGGUUGCAGCAUGAUCUUGAGUUUGGGCAAAAUAUGCCUAGCAGGCAAAAGAGAAUUAAAAAAUCACCUGGACCCACUUCUAACAAGUUUAGUUCAUCCUCUGUCAAUAAGAUGGAUUUGGAUUAUGUAUCCCUUGAAGAUCUUGUUCCACUGGCAAUGGAUAAGAUUGAAGCACUCAUGAUGGAAGGGUUGAGAAUUCAAUCGGGCAUGUCAGAUGAGGAUGCACCUUCAAACAUCAGUGCACAGUCCAUUGGAGAAAUUUUGGCUCUUAAGGGUAAGGGGUUUGAUAUUACUGGAUGCCUUGGUCUGGAGGGAACUGCUGGGUUGCAGUUGUUGGACAUAAAAGACAUUGGUGAGGAUGUUGAUGGAUUGAUGGGUCUGUCACUGACGCUUGAUGAAUGGAUAAGAUUUGAUUGUGGGGAUAUUGGUGAUGAAGAUCAACCAAGUCAGCGAACUUCUAAAAUCCUUGCUGCUCAUCAUGCUACAUCGUUAGGCUUGAUAAGCCGAGGGUCAAAGGGAGAGAAAGGACGGGGUAAAAAGUGUGGUUUGUUUGGGAAUAACUUCACAGUUGCAUUUAUGGUGCAACUCCGCAAUCCUAUAAGAAACUAUGAGCCAGUUGGUGCACCAAUGCUUGCUCUGAUUCAAGUGGAGAGAGUAUUUUUCCCACCAAAGCCAAAGAUUAAGAUAUACUGUACUGUAUCGUCUGCUUUGAAGAAUAACAAUCUAGAGGAUGAUGAUUCUGAGUCUGCUUUGAAGGAGGCAAAAAUGGAGGAUAUGAAAGAAGAAAAAGCUUCCCAAGAGGAAGUGAUUCCUCAAUUCAGAAUCACUGAAGUCCAUGUUGCAGGUGUGAAGACUGAGCCUGGCAGGACAAAACUUUGGGGUAGCAUAACCCAACAAAAGUCUGGUUCUCGUUGGUUGCUUGCCAAUGGAAUGGGAAAGAGCAGUAAACAUCCAUUACUGAAGUCCAAUGCUGCUUCUAAAUCUUCAACCCCUUCAACAACGAAGGUUCAUCCAGGUGACACUUUGUGGAGCAUCUCGUCCGGUAUUCAUGGUACAGGAGCCAAAUGGAAAGACUGGGCAGCUCCCAAUCGACAUAUUCGAAAUCCUGAUGUUAUAAUCCACAAUGAAACUAGCAGAUUGCGAUGAGUUGUUCGUGCUUUGUAGUCUGCUUGAAAGGAUCAACUGCUGCUAAAUAUGUUGUGACUGUUGGUGAGCCACGGUAUACAACUCUGAGAUUAGAAAGGGAUGGUAAAUUCUGCUUGUGGAGAUUUUCUUGUAUUUAUUUUUAUUGUUCAAUUCAACACUAAAGCAAAGGUGAGGUUACAUUUUCAUUCUGGUCUUGUAAAUUUAUAUAUUUUUGUGAUCAAGAAUGUAUGGUGUAACUCAUGUCUGACUUAGUGCAAUUGUGUUGUCUUAUUGGUCUCCUCAA